CGUUUUGAAUGGAGCGGCCCCUCAUUAGCUCCGUCUUAGUCAAAUUCUCUCCCCACUCUGUUCCUCCCUCAACCGGUACGAGUUCGGUACCCAGAGUUGCUUCUAUUUACCAUUUUGUCCCUGAACUUUCCCGCCAUCCCCAUCUCUCUCCAGAGGAAAACAGAGAAGAAAGUUGAAAAAAUGCUGCCCCAGAGACUGAAGAAGGCAAUUACAGAUAACCCCAAGAAGCUUGCUAACCUGAUUGACCUUGUAAAUCUUCCUUCCACAGUUAGAGAAUUUGUGGGUCAGUCUCAGAUUUCACGUUUGGGUUGCUUCCUGCGUGUUUGGUCUUAUAUUAAACAGAACAAUCUUCAGGAUCCAAACAACAAGAAUAUUGUCAAUUGUGAUGAAAAGUUGAGGAGUAUCUUAUUGGGCAAGCCUCGAGUUGAGCUGGCUGAGCUACCUUCACUUAUCAAGCUCCAUUUCCCCAAAGAGCCAAAGUGAGCCACAGGAUUCGAGAUUAGGCUCUGCAGAGUGUCUUCCUCACCUGUAUCCCGAAGAUAUCUGGCGGCUUUAUGUUGUGUUAAUUUAAUUGACGAAUUUUUGUAUAUCAGCAUAUUGGAUAGUUUGGAGUAAACUUGUUAUUCAAAUUUAGGCUUUUCCUCCCUCUGCCAAACCUUUUCUGUGAAGGAUCUUAGUUUGCAAUGAACAACAAUUUUAUUGUUAAUGUUGUUUCUUUCUGUAUCUGGUUUCCAUUUUGAUAAUAAAAAUCUCGUGGAAGCCAUUUCUGAAUCAUACUUUUUGC